CCGCCGGUUUGGUCUCUUCUUCUUCUACCCCUCUGCUUUGUUUGGUUUGCGAUCUUCGGUGUCUGCUCUAUUUCAGGGGAAUCUCUCAACCGAUAUCCUCUCAAUCACUAUAUUAUCUCUGUUACCGGCACAAGGAGUUACAUGAUGCUACUUGGACCGUUACAGAGACUGCUUGAAUGAAACAUUGAGAAUUUUGGGGGUCUUGAGAAUGAAGUUUUGGGGAGGCUUUUUAGUGAUCGUUGGUUCCAUUUCCUUCAUUGGAUUUGUGUUUGUAGCUAUAGUCUCCAAAUUGUUUCCACUCUCUGACAAUCCCAUUAUCCAAGCUAUUCAGAAUGACAGGUACUACUGCUUCUUGGCUCCACUGACUCUACCAGCUCUUCUGGUUGCUGUCUACUUUCAUUGGCUUAGCAUGAAGCUCUUCAAGCACGCAUGAUACAUCUCACGUAACAACAUCUUAAUCCAAGGUAGAAUUCAGAGUUUCACUUUACGUUACUCGCUUAUGAAUUGAAAUGCCACUAUAUUUAAUCACAAAGGGAUAAUAAUGCUAAUGCAGAGAA